CCACAUUUUCUCUCCAUUUUCCCCCAAUCCGGGUGUGAGCAAGAUGUUAAGCCAAUGCUCCACCUGCCCUGUCAGGUGGACAGGGGAGAUCUCCAGUCCACCAUUUCGGCGGCCAGUACUUAACCAAAACUUAGCCAUCCCAUUUUGCUGCUUGUGGAAGCUUGCUGUGCACGAACUGGCUGCCCAAUACAAAAAAAACCUUGCAUUGGUGCAGCACCUUUCAUGACCAGCAGACAUCUUUACAGUCAAUGAAGUACUUUUUGAAGCAUAGUGACUGUUGCAAUGUGAGAAAUGUGAAAGCCAAUUUGUACACAGCAAGAUCCCGCAAACAGCAAUGUGGUAACGACCCAGAUAAUCCAUUUCCAUCGUUCCCAGGAGUCUGUGACUGGAAUUUUAAGCGUACCCCCUCCCAGGAAUGGGCUGGCAGGCCAUUGUUGUUGUUUAUCGGCAGGUCGCCCUAGUAUCAACAAACAUCGUGGAUGAUGGGCAUACCGUUGUGUUGGAAGGGUUGAGAGUGACACCAAAGGAAAGGGGCAAAGGAAUCGCAGGCCUCAUCCAGAGGUAUUGCUUGGACCUUAUCAGGAACCAGUUCCCAGAGGUCAAAGUGCGGAGAUACAGCAGAUCCGGCCAUUUUGAGCCAGAGUCUUUAUCCAAGUUCCGAUUGAUAUGCAGACAGGAAAUACUAGCACUACACUUCAACUUGGAAGAGGUCCGCCCAAAGCUCGACGCAGCCAUCGCCCAGUUGAAGGUGAGUGGGACGGAAUGGGAAGAUCCCAUUCUGCUUCAGGCCUCUGAUGUCAAGCGUGUGUUCCUGAACCCGUGCGUGGUGGACAACGUACUGCCCGGGCGGACCAUUAUUCAGGAUUGGGCGCCAUACAAACCGCUGGAGAGCAACCUGGAGACGUUACUGAAGCGAGACCUCUUUUGGAUGGCAGACAGCAAGGAAGAGCCAAAGGUCCUCACUCUGGGCACUGCCCCCUACAGAAUACCCAUAGAGGCUGAGUGCCACCGCUUCAAUAUCGAUAUAUUUGGGAAGCAUUUCCCUCAUGCCAGAAACCAGUUUCUCGCUCAGCUCCAACAUGGGACUAGCGCCUUGCAGGGUCCCUUAUACUGUCUGUUGUACUUGGCGCCAUCUUUGUGGCAGGAAAUGCUUUCCUUCUGCCAAAGCUCCUUAGGCCUCCGCAAGGAAAGGGACAUUGAGGGGCAGAAUGUGCUGGAGACAGAGGUGUAGACCAGCCACUGAGCUCAAAAGGCCCAAGGGUUGUGGGUUCAAGUCACAGUCCAACAAUUUGACUGCAUAAACUAGGCAGACGCAGCCAGUGUAUGCACAGCCAGAGCGGUGAUGUUCAAUGGUUUAAUUGUCCUGUGUUUGAGCAUGUAAUUCCUGGUAACUGAUCUGUGGUAGAUUAAUUGAGCCUGAUUAUUGACUCAAAGCAAAGUAAAAGACACCAUAGAAAGACCUAGCUGCUGAGUUACAAGCAUGGAUCCAGACAAAUUUGUGAUUGCCGGGAUAUUUCAAAAUUCAUAAAUAAACCUGUUGCACACUUA